UGCUAAUCGCCACCGUACGAUCGAUCAUAAGCAGCUAAACUAAUCAUUCUCAUAAUCAUCACUGCCGCUGCUCCAAGCUCUUCGUUCGAGAGAGAGAAAAAAGGAGACGAACAAUGAUGGAUGCGAAUCAAGUAGCAGAGCUCCGAAGAUUCAUCGAGCAGCUGAAACUGAAUCCUUCUCUCCUCCACGAUCCUUCUCUGACUUUCUUCAAAGAUUAUCUCCGAAGUUUAGGAGCUCAAGUCCCUAAGAUAGUGAAGACUGAAAGAGAUUAUGAGGAUACGGCUGAGACUAAACCCAGUUUCUCUCCUAGCUAUGAUGAUGAUGAAGUUACCGAGUCUGAUGUUGAAUUGGAUGAUUCUGAUGUUGUUGAGCCAGACAAUGAGCCUCCUCAGCCGAUGGGAGAUCCUACAGCUGAAGUGACGGAUGAAGAUAGGGAUGCUGCUCAGUUAGAGAAGAGCAAAGCCAUGGAAGCAAUCUCUCAAGGAAAGUUCGACGAAGGUAUUGAUCAUCUAACAAAGGCCAUCAUGCUGAACCCCUCUUCAGCUAUUCUCUAUGCCACUAGAGCUACUGUGUUUCUAGCAGUCAAGAAGCCAAAUGCUGCAAUCCGGGAUGCGGACAUGGCGUUACAGUUCAACCCUGAUUCAGCUAAGGGGUACAAAGCAAGAGGUAUGGCUAGGGCCAUGUUAGGCCAGUGGGAAGAAGCUGCGGCUGAUCUUCAUGUAGCCUCAAAAUUAGAUUACGACGAGGAGAUUGGGUCGGCACUUAAGAAGGUUGAGCCCAAUGCAAAGAGAAUCGAAGAACACCGCAGGAAAUAUCAACGUCUGAGGAAAGAAAAGGAGCUUCAAAGGGCUGAACGCGAGAGAAGAGAACAGCAAGAAGCCCAGGAGCGAGAAGCUCUGUCUGCACUUAAAGACGGACAAGUGAUUAGCAUCCACUCUACGAGCGAGCUAGAAGCAAAGACAAAGGCUGCAAAGAAGGCAUCGCGUCUGCUAAUCAUGUACUUCACAGCAACAUGGUGUGGACCGUGCCGUUACAUGUCUCCUGUGUACACAAACCUGGCUACGCAACACCCGAGAGUAGUCUUCUUGAAAGUUGACAUAGAUGAGGCCAAUGACGUGGCUGCUGCUUGGAACAUAAGCAGCGUCCCGACCUUUUGCUUCAUCAGAGAUGGCAAGCAGGUGGACAAAGUUGUGGGAGCCGAUAAAGGUUCGCUUGAGAAGAAGAUUGCACAGCACUCUUCUUCUAAGUAAUGGUAUGGCUCGUUUACAUCUUCUCCCAUUGCUGCUCUCCUAUGUAUUAAAGAGCUGAUGGUGAAUCUUUGCAACUAAACUGUUGUACCAUAAUUUUUACAUGUGUUUUUUUCCUUGGUGUUUCAUUGGCAUUGUGAUGGUUCAGAGUUAUGUUAUGUGUCGCAAAAUUGAAAUGUCAUAUUUGAAUAAAGAGCCAUGUUUCCUGUC